CAAAUAUGGUUUCAGUGCUUGGAGAGUUGUUAGAGUUGGGUCCGGCGGGCGCCGAGACUUCUGCCCAGGGGGGGCUUGGAGUUCAACCGGCCUGUCCUGAGGAUGUUGAAAGUUUCUACUCCGAAGGUUUCGUGAAGAGCUUGGGCGUGUAUGGUACAGAGGACCUUGGAAGAAUUAUUGUGUCCUUGUGCCUGAAGGCUCUCUUGGCAAGCUGCGCGACUGUGAGUGGCGCAAAGAGAGAUGAGACCAAGUUCUUGGCUAGGUCAUCUGAUAACCUUCGGUUGGAAGAGAAUGGGAGGCUUAAAAAGGAGAAUGAGGCUUUGGAGAACCUUCACAAUUCUCUGAAGUCUCGGAAUGACCUUCUCAAUGAGAAAGUGACCGAGCAGGAGGAUGUUAUUCAGAAAAUGCAGGAGAAAAUCGAAUUGGACGAAGGUGUUCUUGACAACCUUCGGGGUACUAUCGACCGUGAUAACACAAAGAUCGUGAACCUUCAAACGGAGGUUCGCCAGCUUAAGGUUGAUGUCGAGAAAAAGAAUGAACUUAUCUCGAAGUUGGAGAAGGAAGAUGAGGAGGACCGUGAGACCUGGGUAGUGGCGUCUCAUGAGAUUGUUGCUAAGAGUGCUGCCAUCCGAGAAGAAUUCCAGAAGGCCUUAGCAACAUUUGGUGCCGAACCCUCGCCGUUUCCUAAAGAAGCAGAGGAAAAAUUAACAAGGUAAAAUGACCUAAUUAAUUGUUCCUAUUUAUUAUCCAUAUUUAGCACUAAUUCAUUUUUUCAUGCACAUGCACUUUCUUAAUAGAGUAAGAUGACUUAUUUUUUGAAUUGAUUUUGAAUUCUAGAGUGACUUGUUUUUUAGACAGAGGGAGUAGGUGAACGCAUGCUCUUUCUUUUUA